AUGCGGAUACUCAGCUGGAAUUGUCGAGGAUUGGGACGGUCUCAAGACUCGACAAUUCCCCGUCUCAAGGAGAUACGUAAAAUGUAUUUCCCUGAGAUAUUGUUUUUGAUGGAAACGAAACAACAAAAGGAUAUGGUAGUGGACUUGAAGGUGGUUUUGGGUUAUGAUAGAGUUGUAGUGGUUGACCCGAUUGGUUUGUCAGCUGGGCUGGCAGUAAUGUGGAAGAGUGAAGUGAGUGUGGUGGUGAAGUUCGCAAAUAAAAAUUUGAUAGAUUGCUGGAUUAGUUACAGAGGAGUGUCCCUUUAUGUAACAUUCGUAUACGGUGAGCCAAGUCAGUAUGGAAAAAAUAGAGUUUGGGAGCGUAUCAUGCGACUGGGAGCUGGACGUAAAGAGAUGUGGGGUUUGGUGGGAGAUUUCAACGAAAUCCUGCAUAAUGGUGAGAAGCUUGGGGGAAUUCGGAAAGGAGAGGCUUCUUUUCAGGAUUUCAAACAGAUGCUAGAGAUAUGUGAGAUGAAAGAUCUGGAAGGUUUUGGCGAUAGCUUCACUUGGGCUGGGAUGAGAUAUAAAAAGUAUGUUCAAUGCAAGUUGGAUCGUUGCUUCGGGAACAAGAAAUGGAGAACCACUUUUGCUAAAGCUUCGCAGACUUUUAUGGAACGUUUGGGCUCUGAUCAUAGGCCAGUAAUGGUGGACCUAGCUUAUGAGAGACUGAGGAGAAGAGGUGGCUUUCGGUUUGAUAAGCGUAUGGUAGGUAAACAUGGAGUGGAGGAGAUGAUAGAAGAAUCGUGGAAAAGAGCUAGAGGUGAGCAAAAGCUCUCGAUAAUGGCGAGCUUGGGAGCAGUUAGAGGGUCUUUGGGGAGAUGGAAAAAAGAGAACAACCUUAACUCUAAUGAACGUAUGGCAAAGCUUAGAGAUGAUUUGGAACUCGAAACUUCCUCUCUAUCUCCAUGUUGGGAGAGGGUUAAUGAGUUAAAUAGGGAGAUUGGUAAAGCUUUUAAGGAGGAGGAAGAAUUCUGGUUUCAGAAAAGCAGAGACAAGUGGUUGGUGGUGGGAGACAACAACACGAGUUUCUUUCAUGCUUCAGUUAAAGCUAGCAGACAGAAGAACCAGAUUACAAAACUGAUUGAUGAUGAUGGUUUUGAGGCGUCUACUUUACCUACGAUGGGCAAAGUUGCGACAGACUAUUUUGCUAAGUUGUUUACCUCCUCUACAUCGAACAAUUUGGAGGUCUUCUUUAACGGUCUUAAUCCGAGAGUCACAGAGACUAUGAACCAGAAGCUAAUAAAGGAGAUAAUUGGGGAAGAAGUUCGUGCUGCUGUGUUCUCUAUUAAUGCAUCGAGUGCACCUGGAAGUGAUGGCAUGAAUGGUCUUUUCUUUCAAGAAUAUUGGAUUAUUGUGGGGGCUGAGAUCACCGAGGAGAUAAAGAAUUUUUUCAUCAAUGGAGUCUUUCCUUUGGAGUGGAAUCUUACGCAGAUAUGCCUCAUUCCCAAGAUCAAUAACCCAACUAGGAUGGUGGACCUUCGACCUAUAAGUUUGUGUUCCGUGAUGUACAAGAUUGUGGCAAAGGUGCUGGUGGCUCGGUUGAAACCUAUUCUGGAAUACGUUGUGUCUCCAAAUCAGCCUGCUUUCGUUCCUGAUAGACUCAUUUCUGACAAUAUCAUUAUUGCUCAUGAGAUGGUCCACGGCUUGCGAACUCAUGAUAGGAUUUCAAAGGAAUUCAUGGCGAUCAAGACAGAUAUGUCGAAAGCAUAUGAUCGCAUUGAGUGGAAGUAUUUGGAAGGUCUUUUGACGGCUUUAGGCUUCCAUGGUAUUUUCAGAAAUUGGGUUAUGCUCUGUGUGCAAUCAGUUUCGUAUACGGUCCUUAUUAAUGGUGAGGAGCAAGGUGAGGUUAUGCCCCAUAGAGGCCUUCGUCAAGGUGACCCUCUGUCACCUUUUCUAUUUGACUUAUGCACGGAAGGUCUCUCAUACCGUUUGAAUGAGGCUGAGAGGAGGGGGGAGAUCACGGGUAUCAAGUUCUCAGAGGAGGGCCCUGCUGUACAUCAUUUAUUUUUCGCUGAUGAUUCCCUACUCUUGUUAAAAGCAAACGAAGAAGAGUGUGCUGCAGUUUGCAAGAUUCUGAGAGACUACGAGGAGGUCUCGGGCCAGAUGAUCAACUUUCAGAAAUCUGUGAUCACCUUUGGGAGUAAGGUUAGUGAAGAGAUGAAGGAAAAGUUAAAGGAGGCAACAGGGAUUGAGAAUGAAGGUGGCACUGGGAAGUAUCUGGGGUUGCCGGAGUGUUUUAGUGGGUCCAAGGUGGAGAUGCUGUAUUAUAUUUAUGAGAAGAUGACUGCGAGGUUUCAAGGGUGGUAUGCUUUCUUUCUUUCGACGGGUGGGAAAGAAGUGUUGUUGAAAUCAGUGGCAAUGGCAAUGCCUGUAUUUGCAAUGUCUGUUUUUAGGCUCCCAAAGACUACUUGCAAGAACCUUACGAGUGCAAUGGCCAACUUUUGGUGGAAUGCCCAAGAAGGAAAGAAUAAAAUGCAUUGGGUGUCGUGGGAUCGCAUGUGUCUAGACAAAGAAGAUGGUGGUCUCGGGUUCAAAGACCUAGAGAAAUUCAAUCAAGCUUUGCUUGCGAAGCAAGGGUGGCGGCUGUGGCGCUUGCUCAUGGAUCCAUCGUCGCUCUGUGCCAGAGUUAUCAAGAGUAGAUACUAUCCAUCGGGUGUCUUUUUGGAUGCUAAGGUUGGAGUGAGACCUUCUUAUGCGUGGAGGAGCAUACUUCAUGGCCGUGAGUUAUUGGUCAAGGGGCUCAGGCGCAAUGUAGGAUCUGGUGAGAACAUCAGUGUAUGGGUGGAUAAGUGGCUUUUUUAUGGAGAACCUAUAGCCCCAAUGAGAAAACAGACUUUUUUCAACGUAAACUUAAGAGUUUGUGACCUUAUCAACCCAAUAACAAAAUCAUGGGACGUGGAGAAGCUAGAGGAGGUGUUUUUUCCAUGUGAUAUAGAGCGGAUUCUGAAGACGAGACCGGCUGUGGGAAGAGAGGACUCAUAUGAGUGGGUUCAUACUAAAUGGGGUGCGUACUCAGUGAAGUCGGGUUACUGGUUGACGUGUAAGCUUGAUAGGUCUGAGGUUAGGCAAAAAGCGCAGUGUAUGCCGUCUUUAAAUGGCUUGAGAAGUAAGGUUUGGAAGGUUAACACGGCUCCAAAAAUUAAGAUCUUUAUGUGGAAGGCCCUAUCAAAUGCUCUGGCUGUAGCAGAUGAGUGUCUGUCGAGAGGUAUGUCUGUUGAUCCUAGAUGUCAGAACUGUGGGCAGGAGGGUGAGUCCAUCAAUCAUGUCCUCUUUACUUGCCCUGCGGCGCGGGUAGUGUGGGCAACGUCGGACUUACCGUUCCCUAACGGAGGUUUUGAAUCUCGGUCUCUGUUUGAGAAUUUUCACUACCUCCUUAGCAUUGGAAAUGAUCGCAGGAUCCCAAAGGAAGUGAGUGCUGUGUUUCCCUGGAUUCUUUGGCUGUUGUGGAAGAAUAAAAAUACUUUUAAGUUUGAAGGGAAAGAGUAUGAGCCAGUGGAGACAGUAGCCAAAUGCAGAGAAGAGGCAAGACGAUGGUUUGAGGCUAUUGCGACGUCAAAAGGUCCAGAUGCAGGUAGAACGAAACAUGCAAGAGCUGUGAAUAUGUGGAAAGCUCCUGAACUUGGAAGAUUUAAGUGUAACGUUGGAGUGGCUUGGGAUCAGAAAACCAGAAUGGUGGGAGGAGGUUGGAUCGUGAGAAAUAAUGAAGGAGGUGCCAUACUUCAUAGCCGUAGAGCUUUCAACGGAGCAUCAUCUCUUAUAGAGGCUAAAAGAUUGGGGUUCAUUUGGGCUGUGGAAAGUAUGAUCUCUCACAAAAUGCAUAAGGUUACUUUUGAUGUGGAGUCUUCUGAGUUGGCGGGUGUCGUAAACAAACCGAAAGCUUGGCCUGCUUUUCGUGGGAUGGGUGUGGAGUUUGGGGAGGCUCUGAGUAAUAUUACAGAGUGGGAGGUGUCUGCAGUCUAG